AUGUCAAACACCGGGAUGCCGUGGGCGUACCAUGCUGUUGUGCAGUUCGCCCACUUGCACAAGGCCUGCGCCAAUAGUGGUCUACUGAAUACCGCGAAGACCAGUGGGAUAUCAUUGGGUACGCGAGGACCCCUUCCAAAUCUUCUUCUUUCACAGUCGUCCAGUGGCGUUCAGCGUGCGGUUUGGCUUCUACACCGCCGGGGAAGUGUGCUGGGGCUCGUGGUCAGUCCGCGUUUGGGUGUGUGCGAGUGCCUACCGCGUGGCUCUGCGGCGGGCGGCCCGAGGNGGGCUCGUGGUCAGUCCGCGUUUGGGUGUGUGCGAGUGCCUACCGCGUGGCUCUGCGGCGGGCGGCCCGAGGGAGGACCGCGUUAUACGGCACCUGCGGUCUCUCCCGUUUCGGGUGGCGGGUAG